AUGGCCGCCACCGCACAGACCGUUAGCGCCCUGGCGCGCGUGGCGUACCGGCUGCAGCUCCUCAGCGCCCUUCUGGCCCUCCUGGACGGCGCUCUGUGGAUCUCCGGCGAUGUCGAUGCGAGUGCAUGCGCCCUGGGCGAUCCCUCGGCUGGCGGCGCCAGGGGUGGCUCCUUCUACUGCGUCAAGGCGCGGCUGCCGCUGGCCGUGUCCACCCUGGCGGCGGUGGCGAUGAUGAUCAAUGGGUGGAUCGGCCUGAAGCUGGCGGCGGGGAUGCGGGAGGCCGUCGCCGCGGCGGCGGACCCCACCGAGGUUGCCGGGAGGUGA